AUGAUUGAUGCAUCCUUGAUAAGGUCUCCACUAUGGAACCAUAUUUCGGUUCUGCAAUUGAGAGAAAACAUGAGAUCUAGACAUGACAAUGGAUUCGCUAAUUUCUUACUCUCUAUUGGAAAUGGCGAUGAACCUACCAUUUCAGAUGAUAUGAUAAAAUUGCCGAGUAACAUGGUUAUCCCUACUGUUGCUGAUACCUCGAUUGAUGGGUUGAUUGAUCAAAUUUUCCCCAAUCUAAAUGAACACAUCGGUGAUGGAAAUUUUAUGGUUGAAAGAGCAAUCAUCACUCCAUUGAACGAAAAUGCUGAUAGAAUCAAUGACAAGGUUAUCGAACGAUUUCUCGGAGAAGGACGAACAUACUACUCAUUUGAUUCAGUGCCUGAUGAUACAAGAAACCUGUAUCAACAAGAGUUCCUAAAUUCAAUUGUCGCGUCAGGACUGCCUCCACAUGUGCUCAAACUGAAACCUGGCGUUCCUCUAAUGCUUCUCAGGAAUAUCGAUCCUAAAAAUGGCUUUGUAAUGGAACACGACUACUUUGCCAUUCGCUAA